AUGAUGUCCGCUCGUGUCGCCCGCACCGGCCUGCGCGCCGCCCAGCAGUUCUCCGUCGCCCGUCCCGUCUUCAACGGCCUGCGCACCUAUGCCACCCCGGCCCAGGAUGUCCGCCCCCCCGUCGCUCUGUUCGGCGUUGACGGCACCUACGCUACUGCUCUGUACACUGCUUCCUCCAAGUCCGCUGCCCUCGACCAGACCGCCAAGGCCAUUGCUACCCUCGGCCAGACCCUGAAGGCCGACCCCAAGCUGAUCACCAUCCUCGGCGCUCCUACCCUGUCCAUUGCCGAUAAGCAGGAGAUCAUCAAGGAGCUCCAGAAGGUUGCCGGUGCCGACAAGGCCGAGAUCAUCAAGAACUUCCUCCAGACUCUGGCCGAGAACAACCGCCUCGCCUCCCUUGAGGGUGUCUGCGAGAAGUUCGGUGCUUUGAUGAGCGCCCACCGUGGCGAGGUUGAGUUGAACAUUACCUCUGCUCAGGAGCUCGACGCCAAGACCAUCUCCCGCCUCGAAAAGGCCGUCGCCAAGUCCGAGGUCAGCCAGGGCAAGAAGCUCAAGGUCGUCACCAAGGUUAACCCCGACCUUGUUGGUGGACUUGUCGUCGAGAUCGGUGACCGCACCAUCGACCUGAGCGUGUCUUCCAAGAUCGCCAAGAUGAACAAGGCUCUGACCGAUGCCCUGUAA